GUCCGCAACGCUUCGCGCGCCUUUGCUCCGCUUGAAAGCUCCGCUCUGCUCCGAUUUGCUCCCGAAUGCGGCCCCCGAACCAAAGCGUGGUUCAAAGCGCCAGAGAAGCUUCGAAGGGCAUUCCCUUACGAUCAGAGAGCGAGCGUGAUCAAGCUAAGGGGUUCCAUUGAGCAGGAUCGCGCAACAAAACGCUGCAACUCCGUCUGAGUAUAUAUUAAACGCUUAUUCGGUCCAUACAUGGUCAAGUAUAGUUAGAACCAGGUAUAGGAUUGCAAAGAAAGUCCAGAAAUGUAGGGAACGUUUAAGUGCGACACACUGAGGUCACCGUCCCGGCAGAGGGACGAUCCGAAAUACAGUACAGAAGCACAACGGCAGAUAAGGCGCCGUGUGCUCCUGACGCGUACAAGACCCAGCUCGGUUCGGCCCCAUGCACAGGUCCUGGUUGGAGUCCCAGCUCAGUCGCGCCGUGCCGCCCGAGCCCCACUCCGCCCCCGACCUGGUGGCCGGCGACGUCGUGGCGGCGGCCCUGGCCCGCUGCGGCGUCCCGCCCGCCGCCGCACAACGCUCCGUGGAGGCAGCCAUGUCAGUGGUGCUGGGGACACACGCAGCCGGCGCGGCCGCCUCCGGCGGCGGCGCCGCCGGCGCGGCGGCGGCUGCCGCCGCCGCCACCGCCGCGGCGGCGGUGGCCGCCGCGCAGGAGAACGGCGCUGGCGCGCCGGCGGCUGCCGCCGCCGUGGCCGCCGCGAACGCCGCCGCUGCGGUCGCCGCCGCCGCCGGCGCGCGCGCUGGCGGCGGCUUCGCCUCCAUGUUCGCUCAGCACGUGAUGGCGCCGUCGGCGAUGGCGGCGGCGGGCCCGCCUGCCGUACAGUCGCUACGGCAGGUACAGGGGCUGCUGGUUGCAGGCGAUAUGGGAGAUCUCACGUCACACUUGUACGGGGCGCUGGUGGAUCGCGCCGGUGGCGGCGGCGCCGCCGCCGCCGGCGGCGCUGACGGCGGCGGCGACGAUGCCGGCGGCGGCGCCGCCACCAAUCCGGAGCGGCGGUGGCGUGCCACGGCGCUGGCGGCGCAUAUGCUGUUGGCGUUGGAGGGGCUGGGCGUGCUGGGCGGCGGCGGCGGCGGGGGUGGCGGCGGCGCGGCCGGCGGCGCGGCGUCAAUGCUGCUUGACCCGUUUGAGGCGCACAAGACGUCGGACCUGGCCCAGCGGCUGCUGACCUACUACGCCGCCACCCUGCUGGAGCGCGGGCAGCUGGGCCUGGCGCCGCCCUACCUGUGCUGCCUGCGGCCCGGGCUCAGGGGACAGCUGGCGGGGGAGCUGCUGGCGGCGCACACACGCAGGCUGACGGGCCUGGCCGCGCCCGAUGCCGACGCCUCCUCUUCCGCCUCCUCUUCCGCCGCCGCCGCCGAGGCCGCCGCCGCCGCCGGCCGCGCCGCCGCCGACGCCGAGUGCUACGGCGCCUACCUGGCUCUGGAGCACUGGUUCCGGCGCUGCUGGGAGCGGCAGGCGCAGCCGGCGGCGGCGCUGGCCAGCUGCCUGGCCACAGACAUACGCCCCAACGAGCUGCGCCUGCAGCUGGCCACCUUUGCCGUGUCCUGCCGCCACUCGCCCGGCUACGGCCCGGCGGCGAGGGCGCGGGUGGCGCGCUGGCUUGCCUAUCCCUACAUAGCGGCGCUGCAGGCCGCUACCGCCGAGGAGGAGGAGCGCCGCGCCGCGGCAGCCGCCGCCGACGGCGGCGGCGCCGCCGCCGGCACUGAGUCCGACGUGGCGGCUCGCGAGGCGGCGCUGCUGGCGGGCGCCGCCGCCGGCCUGGAUCCGCUGGCGGCGCUGGACGUUUUGGAUUUCGCCAACUGCUGUUGCUGUGAGCUGGCGCUGGGUGACGACGUGACGGCGGCGGCGGGCCAGCUGCUGUUUGAUGAGGUGCUCCCGCCGGGCAUCGACGACGCGGCCCUGCUCAUCGCCGAGUCUCUCGAGUCCGGCGAGCGCUCGGCGGGCGCGGGCGGCGAGGCGACGGCGGCGGACGGCGGCGCGGCGUUGCGGCUGGCGGCGGCGCUGCGGGCGCAGGCGGCGGAGCUGGCGGGCUGGCGGCUGUACUUUGGGCUGGAUGGACAGCUGGCCAGGUGGCUGUCGCGGCACGAGGCGGCGGGCCCCGGCCCCGAGGCGGCGGCGCUGGCGGCGGACGGGUGUGCGCUGCUGCACGACUACCUGGAGCAGCUGUUGGCUCCCGGCUGGAUGCGCGAGCUAGCCAGCUGCUCCCGAGCCCUGGAGGCGGCGGCGGCGGGCGGCGACGGCGCCGUGCGCGUGUCUCUCACCGUGACCUCGCCGCCGGGCCCGGGCGCGUCGCAGGUGCCGCAGGCGCAGGCGCAGGGCGGCGGCGGCGGCGGCGGCGGCGGUUGGGGCCACCCCACCGCGCCCUACCCAGAGCUGCAGGGUGCGGCGCUGCUGGAGUUCCAACUCGCGCUGGAGUCCGGCCUGCGCCGCGCCGCCGCCUCACUGGUCGCCUCCUCCUCCUCGGCCUCGGCCGCCGCCGCCGCGGCUGCGGUGCAGGUGGCGGUGGAGGGGCCGGCGGCGGAGGGCUCACCGCUGCCCCAGGGCCACGUGACCGUCCACCUGGCGGCGGCGCCCGACGCCCGCUCCUGGUCCGCGCUGGUGUCGCUGCUGUGCGGCGCCGUGCGCGGCGGGCUGCCGGGCGUGCCGCCGCUGCUGCUGGUGGCGCUGCAGGCGGACCGAGCCACCAGCCUGGCGGUGUGCCGCAGGUGCUGCGUAGGCCAGGCCGUCAUGCGCUGCGCCGCGCUGCGGCUGUCGCUGGUGGCUCUGGGCGCCGACGCCGAGUCGCCCGCCACUGGGCCGCAGCUGCUGGAGAUGCUGGCGGCGCCGCCGGAGGCCGCCGCCGCCGCCACUGACCUGGUGGCGGCCGCCGCCGCCGGCAACGGCCCCGGCGGGCUGCUGGAGCUGCUGGGUCCGGGGCAGCUGGCGCAGCUGCUGGCGGUGGAGGCGGACACGGCGGUGCGGCACCUGCGCAACAGGCAGGUGGCGCGGCGGCUGCGGGAGUAGGGGUGCAGGAGCAGGCGGCGUGGUGGCGUGGUGGUGACGGGUGGCGGUGGGGGCGGUGGUGGUGGUGGCGAAGUUGCAGGAUUGCAGGGACGUACGGGUCUGGCAAACUCGGAUGCGGUGUUCAGCCAGGGAGGUUGACCUGUGUGUGGGGGGGGGGGGGCUUGGCUGAGGGGGCGGCUGGAGGUGUGGUGGUGAGCAGCGCGCCGGUGUGCGUCGUGUGGGAGUGACGUGCGAAGCGCCAGGCAGCGUGCAUGUGGGUGAGCGGCAUUGACGAACGGGUGGGAAUGAGGAUGGCCCGAGGGCGGCCUGACAUGGUGAAGUGACGAAAUUUUGAGCCCGGUAAUCUUGUCGCGCGUGGGAAUGACUGGGGUGGCCAGAACGUAGAAUGGGGGGGACAGGUUUGCAGUCUGGCCACUGUGGCCAUCGAGCCAGGAGGGGGGCGAGGAAACAGGAGCGGGGGGGGGGGGCGGGGGCUAGCAAAUUGCCUGUCCAGCUUUGUGGCUCAGCCAGGGCGAAGGUUUGCACGCCGGCCGUUGUGGCAACCAGCCAGGAACGGCAAGGGUGGACGGAGGACAGGGAGUGAGAUGGGAGGAGGGACCAAACCACGG